AUGGCAGAUCUAAGGGAUAAAUGGCUGGACUCACAUAAAGCUGAUAAAGAUACAUGGUGGUCUGAUACCUUCUCUUUCCUUAACCCCGACAACUGGUUUAAAGCUCAAGCAAGCAGUUUCAAAGAAAAGAAAGUUCAAGUUGAUCCAUAUAAAAACAUUUUGGCUUUCAUUUUUGCUAUUGAUGAGAUUAACAAAGAUCCCGACUUUCUGCCUAAUAUUACUCUCGGCUAUAAAAUAUUUGACACAUGUGGAAGUUCGAGGAAAUCUCUGAAGUCUGCCAUGCAAAUAACGUCUGGAAAAGACAAGGAGGCUCCAAAUUACUCUUGUGUGGAUAAUGGAGAAGUGGCUGCUUUUGUGACUAAUCCUGGAUCUGAUACAAAUAGAGCCCUGAUAGAAUUCCUCAGUCUAUAUAAGAUUACACAGAUAAAUUAUGGACCUUCUGACCCUCUACUUAGUGAUAGAGUCUCAUAUCCAACAUCAUAUCAGAUCACUCCUGAUGACCAGGCUCGAUAUGAAGCUAUUGUGAAGACUCUGCAGUACUUUGGAUGGAACUGGGUUGGGAUCAUUACACCAGACAAUGGAAAUGGUGAAAUGGAGUCAGAAACACUUAGUAAAAUGAUGACUCAGCACGAGAUCUGUGUAGAUUUUAUCAUCAAAUUAGAUAAAUAUGAUUACACUAUGAACGUAAUGGGGAUGGAGAAAAUUCUAAAUUCACAUGCGGAAGUCAUAGUGGUUUCUGGUCAUUUUAACCGGGAUUAUGCCCACACUAUCUACAGAGCUCAAGUGGAAAAUAUCACAUUGAUCCUUCAUGAGUCUUGGUUGAGUAUUGUAGAUUUAGGACGUGAAUAUUAUCAAUUGGUCAACUGCAGCUUAAUGUUUAUGUCACCAAAGAAAGUAAUCCCCAAGAUUAAUGUCAUUCAGAAUGUGAACCCCAUGACCCGUCCAGAUGACCCACUGCUGGAAGAUCUUUGGUUCAUCCUUUAUAACUGCCUGACUAACAAUAAAAGGAAAAAUAAAUUAUUAGAAAUGUUUUAUACAGGGGGCCCUCUGACAUCAAGAAGAGCAGGCCCCUGCCGGCUUUUUGACUUCACACUGCGAUGGAUCGCUGUACACCUGCCUGGGCUCUGGGAUACUUACUGUGACCGGAGAUGUCUAAUGACAGCACAGCCAUGGAGAUCUACAACCUCAUGGAGUGCUGACAGAUCUCAAUGUGACCUGACACUUUCAUAUGUCGGGCUACAUAUCCCGGUAUCCCGCUGCUCAGACCCAUGUUUACCUGGAAGCCGGAAAAUGGCGAGACCGACAAUUCACACCUGCUGCUAUGACUGCGUCCCAUGUUCAGAAGGAGAGAUAUCCAAUAUAACCGAUUCUGACAACUGCAUUAAAUGCCAAAGUGAUGAAUGGCCUAAUGAGAAGAGAGACCUAUGCCGGCCCAAAGUAGUGGAAUUCAUCUCUUACCAGAAUGACACCAUUGCUUCUGUCUUCUCCUGUGUCUCGGUCUUCGGAUGUCUUGUGACCAGCUUCAUAUUUGGAAUAUUCAUUUCCCAUCGAGACACUCCUAUUGUUAAAGCCAAUAACAGGAACCUGAGUUAUCUCCUCCUGGUCUCCAUCAUCCUCAGCUUCCUCUCUGUCUUCUUGUUUCUGGGUCAUCCCAAUGAUGUGACUUGUAGAUUACGUGAAACCAGUUUUGGAAUCUUCUUCUCAGUAGCCGUAUCUUCACUUCUCGCCAAGACUGUGAUGGUUUGUGUUGCUUUUAAGUCCACCAAGCCUGGAAGCCCUUGGAGAAAAUGGCUCAGUGUGAAACUACCAUAUACCAUAGUGUCAUUGUGUUCAUCCUUUCAAGCUGUAAUCUGUAUUAUCUGGUUGUCUAUUUCUCCUCCAUUCCAGGACCUUGACACUGACUCUUAUCCUGGGAAGAUCAUCAUUCAGUGUAACGAAGGCUCAGAUAUCUGGUUCUACUCCAUGUUGGGUUAUCUGGGGUUCCUGGCAGGUGUGAGCCUUGUUCUGGCUUUCAUGGUGAGGACAUUACCGGACAGUUUUAAUGAGGCCAAGUACAUCACCUUCAGCAUGCUGGUGUUCUGCAGCGUCUGGAUCUCCAUGAUCCUGGCUUAUCUGAGCAGCAGGGGAAAGAACUUGGUGGCUGUGGAGAUAUUUUCAGUAAUGGCUUCCAGUGCUGGACUUUUAGGUUGUGUGUUUUUCCCAAAAUGUUUUAUUAUUUUGUUUAAAUCUGAAAUGAACAGAAAAGCUGACCUGCUGGGGAAAAGAAAGAACUGA